ACGCUCUACUGUCCUAAAAUGCUUUUCAGGCCAAUCAGGGAACUGAGUGGGAGGGAAGCUGAGACAUUCACAGUUGCCUGCCUUUAAAAAUGUACACUCACUUUGCUGCUGUUUCACAUGCUCCUUCAGUGAGAAAGUUUGUGCUUCAUAAUGCAUGCUCACAGGGACAGGAAGAGAUCAUUGUCGGGUUUCCACAUGUGUGGAUGAAGAAAAUGACAUUGACUGCUGGCUCUUCCUCUUUAACUUGAUUUAAAAAAAACUCCAGGGAGAAGUUGCAAGAAAAAGAACCACAGAAGAUCAGUCAAAGCAAAGGAAGGAGCUCCUAAAGAAGAACAGAAUUGAGGAAAAAGAAAAAGCAUAGAAAACGCCUUAGAAAAAACAGGAUAAACACAAGAGUGAAGGACACGCGACAAUUAAAAGGAGAGAAGGGGAAGAAAAGUUUGGCCAAGCAUGAGAGAGGAUGAGCUGUCCAGAGAUGAGCACCCUAAAGGAAGGGUGGUUCCCAAAGAGAAACUGGCAAGACCGCUUUCCAAUGCCUGUCCUGUUGUUGUAGCCACUCCGGGCUUCAUCGGGUGUAAACGUCAGAUGGGCUCACACACAGAGGAUCACCUUACUCGACUCUCCCCUGCUUCAACAGAAGAGAGUGAAAAACUCAAACCAGAGGAUGAUGUUCAAAUUUACAACCCAACAGGCCCAAAAAAGCUGAAACGGAGCCCUCAGCAUCGACCGCCUUCCACCAGCCCCUCACUUUCUCCCGUGUCGAGUCACAGUCCUGAAGGACUCCCUGGCCUUGAGGACCCACAUGCUCAGCGGGCCAUCGCCAACAUCCGCGAACGCCAGCGGACCCAGUCGCUGAAUGAAGCAUUUGCCUCGCUCCGCAAGAUCAUCCCAACGCUUCCCUCUGACAAACUGAGCAAAAUCCAGACUCUGAAGUUGGCAUCCCGCUACAUUGACUUUUUGUACCAGGUUCUGCAGAGCAAUGAGAUGGAUAGCAAGCUUGCUGGGUGCAACUACCUGGCCCAUGAGAGACUGAGCUACGCCUUCUCUGUCUGGAGGAUGGAAGGGGCCUGGUCGACCAUGUCUGCUAGUCACUAGCUGGGGCUGAAGGUUCAACAAUGUUGGCAGGGAAGGAAACAGCUCUUCUGUAAGCCACAUUAGCCUUGAACCUCUGGAGUGUUGUGAAUAAAUAAGCCUGAUUUAACUAUGAAUUGUUGUUAUUUAAAUGUUUUACUGAUUGCUUUUCUUCAUUCAAGAUUUCAGUUCAUAGACUUUAUCUCUGCAGAUUCUCCUCCACAUGACACAAAUUCAUUCUGCUGAAGGCCUUUAAUCAAUCUCUCUUAGGUUCUGAAUCUAGAAUGUUGGUUUCCCCUAGGUUUAUCAAUGCAUUCAUCAGAUGUGCAUGCUAUGAGCCAUGUCUAUACUUUAUAUUGAGUUUUUGUUUUUUUUGUCUGUUCCUGUCUUGGGAUAGCAAGAGUAAAUUUGUGUACCUUAUAUAAAACCAAGCAGCUUUAGGGUUUAGAUGAUAAUCACUUGAAAACUGAUCCAAAUCCUUUCAACUUUUCAUUUUCCAGUCCUCGAAUCCCUUGGCCACCUCUGAACUUGAGUAACAGUGGAAAAUAGAGGCAGCUGCCUCUUUAAAACAAAACCAGGCCCCUUUGUGUUUUUUCCUGGUUCCAAUGUGAAACUUCUGUUGAAAUAUUUUCCUCUCAUUCAGGUUAAAAUUUUGCUUGCAUUGCACAAAGCUAUGAUACAGCUACAGCUCGCUGACGACGAGGCGUAAUGAAAACAAACAGUCUUUUUAAAGCCAUUAAUCAUGUGUGUCAUCAUCAAAGGGGAGGCUGAUGUGGCUCCCCACUGGGCUUAGCAUAAACCAUGGGGAGUGAAGGAGGAGGUGAGAGUUGAUUUAUGCAUACAAACAUGGACAUGUGUAUAGGUGUAGCCAUUUGCAUGUAAGCAUUCCCCACAAAUUGCAUGUUUUUUAUGUGCUUGGUUCUAAAAAUGCCUGUGUAGUAUUUGUUUAGUCAGAAGAAUUACAAAAGUAUACAUCACAUUUUGCAUUCUCGACACGGUAUUAUUUAUUCUUACCUUAGCUCUCAUUUCAACAAAAGAGCUACAAAGGGAAUUCAGCUGCCAUGUUGUUAGGUUCCAAAACACAUCCAUGACAAAUCACUACUUCCUUCAUUUCCAGCAUGCAAAAAGAUCAGAAACCUAUCAAGUCACAGGGAAAAGUUUCCAACUAAGAUGAAUAAUUAAAAUUAUUUUGAGCCCUGCAUUCAGCCCAGUGUGUUCUCAGAAGGCUUAAUUUAUUUGGCAUGUUAGAAGAUGCCAGAUAUUUCAAAAUAACUCCUUAUCCAAAUUAGAUAAAAGUGAAUAUAUUGCAAAAGGACCACUAAAAUGUUAUGAAUUACUUUUCUAUAAAAUAAAGUAUAUUUGUUCAAGCAAAUCAUAUGUACAUUUUUAUGAUCUUCAAUGUGUUUGGCCCCUUUUGUGUCUGAAUUACUUUGAAGCAGGUAUAUGGGAUGGUUUUAUUUGGUAAAACUACUUAUCUUAAAUAUAUAACAAUGCACCCUAUGUAAACUUUACAGAUUUUAAAAAUCCAUAUUUGUGUUACUUUCAAUACAUUUUGCUUUUUUUACUUCCAGCUGAUAAAUAAAGUCUGAUCUCUCACAUGA